CUGUCAGAGGUGAUGGUCUCUCUUUCACUCAGAGGGCUCCUCCUCAGGUGAUGGUAUGUCUUUUUGGAGAUAGGGACCACUUUUGGAAACGUGCUCUGUUUUUUCACCAUCUUUUCUUUCUUGCUGCUAAAGCGUGUCAGCGGCUCCAGCAUGGCUCUCUACCCCCGCUUUGUGCUCGUGUUACUUUACGGAUGGAGUUAUCUGUGCGUUGGAUAUUGCGCGAUGCUGAAAACGGACAAUUUCCCCGAGAGACGGAAGGUGGAUUUUACGCACUCGGUGGAUAAAAAGCAGCCCGUGAAGGAGGACCAGGACCCGCUCUUACAGGAUACACUGACGGGACACAUGCAGAUGCUUUACGCGAAGUACAACCGAGCUGGAUUUCCCUUCAAGGACGGAAACACGGUCCGGAGUUUCAAAGCGCACUGGGGAACGAUAAACCAGAAGCAGCUGCAGAUCUUCAACCUGACGUCCCUCACUAAGUCUGAGGACGUCCUGUCGGCCACUCUUCAUUAUUACAUCGGAGACCUUCACAACAGCACGCUGAGCCGCCACGGGCCCCGCAGGCACAGCCACAUCCACAUGGUCGUCUGGAGCUUCGCCUCCGUGGACAACCGCACGAGGACUCUGGGACACGUUCGCAUCAAUGUGUCCACGCUGUACAGGGACUUCAUCUCGUGGCAGUGGAAGGACGUCACCCGCGUGGUCAACCAGGCCAAAAACCACGACCAGCUCCUCAUCGGGAUCGACGUGGUCUCGCAGGGACCCCGGCCCUGGAAGGAGCUGCUGUCUGACCGCUCGCCGUACAUCCUGGUCUACGCCAACGACUCGGCCAUCUCCGAACCCGAGAGUGUGGUCGCCACUCUGCAGAGGCGCCACCUGGUGGGAGGCGAGGGCGCCGUCCCGCACGGCCUCCAGAAACUGCGUCCUCGAGAGCGAAACGACACAGAACACGAGCAGAGGAAGCCGCGCCGCACACGCUCUGUGAACGUCCUGCUGCCGCUGCAGAACAACGAGCUCCCCGGGCCCGAGUAUCCGUACGAGACGACGGGCUGGGACGAGGCGAGUCCGUACGAACCUUUAGAGAACAAGCAGGCCCGCCGGCCGCGCAAAAAGACGAGAGGCAAGAACCAGCGGCACAAGAUGCCCCUGCUGCAGUUUGACGAACAGACGAUUAAAAAGGCGCGGAAGAAGCAGUGGAACGAGCCGAGGAACUGCGCCCGCCGCUACCUGAAGGUGGACUUCGCCGACAUCGGAUGGAGCGAAUGGAUUAUAUCGCCAAAGUCGUUUGACGCCUACUACUGCUCAGGAUCCUGCCAGUUCCCCAUGCCCAAGGCUCUGAAGCCGUCGAACCACGCCACCAUCCAGAGUAUAGUGCGGGCGGUGGGCGUCGUCCCAGGCAUCCCCGAGCCGUGCUGCGUCCCGGAGAAGAUGUCCUCCCUCAGCAUCCUCUUCUUCGACGAGGACAAGAACGUGGUACUGAAGGUUUACCCCAACAUGACCGUGGACUCCUGCGCGUGUCGAUAGUUUUUUAAAAUCCCGUUAGCGUCAGAUCUCUCCCGUACAGAAAAGCCGCCAAACCCCAUCAAACUGUCUCUUCCCAUUUCUUCAGUCGUACACAUAUUCCCUUACAAACACCCACUGAACAACACUCACUGUUUGCACUGGAGGAGAGAACUUCCUGAUGCUCCAGGUGGAAAGAAAACUGUUCAGGACGACGAACGGAUCGUAUUCAAGGUACCUGGAAUUUCAUCCUGCACCACUGUUUCCCCUUUGCCAUACUCUGAUUGGAUCACCCCUGCUGAGUGAUUUGUUGGACAAUGGCGGGGUGACGGCAAGCAUGAACUUACUUCCCACAUAAAAAACCUGUCGAGGCAUCAGAGAGACAAAAACUGGAGGAAGCUCCGGUCAGUUUGAACGUUGGCCUCGUUCCUCCACAGCUUUAAGUUGUCUUUGGUUUUUACCACCAAGUCAGACUCGCACUUGCAUGGUUUUUGUUACUCUGUGUAUGUAUUUAUGUCUGUACUAUCACUGUGUUAUUCACUAUAUGAGAAGUUAUUGUAUAAUUAUUGGCUUGGCUGCUAUACAGAGAUAUAUUAGAUUCCAAAGCCAGAACUUUGAUGCAGGCGGGACAGAGAGGCGUACACGUCGGUGUUAGGAUCACUGCUCCUUUGUUGUACAGAAAACACAUUUACAGAGUUUUAUUAUAAGAAAAAGAGUAAGCUACUUUUCAUAUGUGGUUCUAUUAUUACAGUUAGUGUUGGUAGGCGAUCCAUUAAACCAUCGCUUCGCAAGAACAUGUACAAACUCGGCAAGAAAACGGAAAAAACUGCUUCAUUAAAGGUCACAUAUUCAAAAUCCACUUCCCCAUGUUCCUCGAACACAAAUAUGUGUCUCUAGUCUGUCUAA